GUAAAAAUAGAACAGAAAAUAUCUUAUUCGAACCGUAGAAACCUCAUACAAGUGAUUCAAAUACCUGCGUGUCAUUCAGUUGGAUUUCUGAAGCAUUGGAUCUUCUUACAAUCAGUUCCCUGGGCAAGAUUAGGAUCCGAACUGAGUACGUCUCAUUUGAAUUGUAAUUGAUAGCAUUGUCAAAUCGAUAACUGCCUGCGUCUAUCAUCCAUCCACCCGGAUCAGUAACAUCAUAAUGGCCGGUAGGCAAACAUCUUUCUCGUCAUUCACUCGAAUGGGAAUAAUUUUAAUCGUUUUUCAUUCAACAAUAAUCGCAUUUCCGGUUGCUUAUGAAACAGAGAACCGCGCCCGCUAUGACCACUAUCGGUUGUAUCGCGUCCAACUGGAGACAGAUCAACACGUGCAGGUCUUUCAGGAUCUGGAGGCCAAGAGCGAUAGUUGCACGUUCUACGGCCAUGCUCGGCAACCAGGACAACAGCUGACCAUCAUGGUCGCCGCCAACAAGGUUGCCGAUUUUGAGGACCUUCUGGAUCGGUUUUUGGUUACAGGACGGGUUCUGGAAUACAACGUUCAGAGCAGAAUCGAUGUUGAAGCGAAAAACGUUAAACCAGCUACUGCCGCGCCAUCUGAGUUCGACUGGAAUCACUAUUUCCACCUGGAGACGAUCUACGCGUGGAUGGAUGAACUCUCCCAAAAGCACUCCUUCAUAACCGUCACUUUCUUAGGAAACUCCUACGAAGGACGCCCGAUCAAAGGCAUCAAACUUUCCCGCAAACCCGACAACAAAGCCAUUUUCGUCGAGGGAGGUAUCCACGCUCGGGAAUGGAUCUCGCCUGCGACGGCCACCUUCAUCCUUAACCAACUGAUCACCUCCCAGGAUCCUAAGAUCGUCGAUCUUUCCACCAACUACGACUGGUUCUUCUUCCCAACUGUGAACCCGGAUGGGUACAAGUUCUCCUUCGAGAGCGAUCGCCUGUGGCGCAAGAACCGUCAACCGUACGGUAUCUGCCGUGGAGUGGACUUGAAUCGGAACUUCGAUAGCAACUGGGGCGGAAUCGGUUCCAGCGAUGAUCCGUGCAGUUACGAUUUCUCCGGAGGAAGUGUAUUCUCCGAACCGGAAGCUAAGGCACUGGCCGAUUUCAUCCGAAAGAACGCCGAGAAGGAACGGAUCCGGACGUACAUUGCGUUGCAUUCGUACUCGCAGCUGUUGAUGUUCCCGUUGGGUCACACGCCAGAAAAGGUUGCCAACUACGAGCACCUGCAGUCGAUAACGGAUAAGGCCAUUGCGGCGUUGACGGCCGUUCAUGGGACGGAGUUCCAGGGAGGGAGCAAACACGAGACGAUCUAUCCUUCGAGCGGGGGAAGCAUCGACUGGGCCUAUCAGGAGGCCAAGAUUCCGGUUUCGUUGACGUUCGAGCUGCGGGGACCACCGGAUUCGACCGAUAUGUUCAUACUUCCGGCGGAACAGAUUACGCCGGUGGGAGAGGAGACCAUGGCGGCGUUUGUUGCGAUUGUGGAAGAAGCCCAGCGGAUGGGGUACUACGAUUGAGGGGGUCUUUAGGUUAUUCGUUAUGUAAAUGACCAAUUAGGACACUCACAAGGCAUCAUAAAUUCAAAUCGGAACACGACAUUAUUGCGACACCGAAAAUGUCAUGCCAAUUUUCU